UUUCCUCCGCCGUAAGCUGUUGUUGCAGUGGGAUCUGAAGGUCGGCUCGGCCGUUCUUUCCCUGCUCCUUUGGGUUUUCAGCGGUGGUAAAACAGAAGCGGCCGGGGAGCAGAGGGGGACGAGACCCAAAGGUGACGGCAGCCGGGCGCCAGGUCUGCAGGAUUCGGCCCGCGGGUCCCUAAAAUGAGAAAGCAGGGGCUUUACUGAGCGUCCCGCGACACGGUGCGGGUUUAUUCUGUGAAAAUGGGGCUGAGGAAGCUCCGGUGCACACGGAGGGGGUUUGGGAGCCUGCGUACGGCGGGGUGCUCCCGUGCAGCGUGCCGACGUUUGUAGGAGAGCGAGCGUGGCUCAUCCUCCGGGUCUCUGCUCCAACGGAGCCGUUGCAAGGCCACCGUGGUGCAGCGUGGUUUUGGGUAAUCCUGGGCGUGCUGGCAGCAUUUUCUGAGCGCGUGUCUGCUGGCGGAGGUGGGGGGAACCUUCACUGACGCUCGCUCUUCUUCACGUGGGUGUUUUUUCAUCUUUUUACCCUCCGCUGCCUUCCCUUUGCCUUUGGGAAGCUCCCUGUGACACACGGCGUGGCAGUUUGUACCAUCGGCGUUUAGGGCUCUGUGUCCUUCAUCCGUGUGAGGUUUCACCUCUUGAGUUAUGUAAACUCUAGGUGGGAAAUCGCUGCUUUGUUCGCCACCAAAACGCCGUCACUCCUCGGGCAGAAUGCAGCUCCAGCUAAACAACUCACAGUAACGUACCAAAUUCCUAGACGUGGCUUACAUUUGGAAUAUUUCUUGCUCCCCUCUGAUUCUCGGGCUCGCGUAUCAAAUAAUGACGCCGUAAAACGUGUGUGCCUUUGAAUGCUAAAUAAAUAAAAAUGCCUGCGUGCGGUAUAAAUAAUAACAGGUGGGACAAAAUAUUUUUACUUUAUGACCCCGCGCGCACGCAAGCGCUUCGUGCCUUUCUCUCCCCUAUCCCUCGGAUGCUAUUCCAGUUAUUUUAAUUCAUGGGCAAGCGUUUUAUCCAUAGGUAGUCGCUUACAUAAGAGGCUCUCCUGUUCUCAGCUCCGUGCAGCCUUGACUUUGAUCUCUUUAAAACCAUUCGCACACAAUUGCAGGGAGAAUUUGUUCAAGUUUGACUCGGGCUCUCAAGUCCCAUUUUCGACAGUUUUUUUUUUCUCACUUUCGUUGAAACGCGGGCUCUUAAGCGGAUAAAUAAUUUCAGGAAAUGGGACUUCAGUUUCUAGGUCACUUAGGCAUUUCCUCGAUAAAACAACGUGCUCUCCAAGGCUUGUCAUGGCUUUCUUGUAAUUAUCCCUGCUCAGUAAGAAACAGUGGCUCUCUUAGGUUUUUCUCCCGUUCUUAAACUUGAAUUAUUUCUCUCUCCUGCAGUAGAUCUCUUGCAAUAUGUUGUCCCUGCUGUGAAGACGUGUGUAGCUGGAGAUGUAUCGCCGCUAAUGAAGGAGCACGAGGCGACCCGAGAUCCCGAGGCUGCCCGUGUGCUUUUUAGAGCUCCUGCUUCCCCUGUGUGAUGGUGCCACGAACCUGAGCCUGCUGGAGGCGAUGCCAAAACCCUUCCCUGCCUGGUGCUGGCGUGCCAGAAGCAGGACGGCGAGGAGCACGGUGACGUGAUGGAGCAGAAGGCAGAAGGCAGGUUUUGCUGGCCCUCCGAGCACUGGUACCCGGGUCGUGCCUCGUGGUGAUCCCAGCUGACAAAGCCUUCUACCGGAGGAGGCAUGACUCAGAGCUCCAGAUCUUGGCUCGAGACUGCUUUCAAACCUCAAGUACUUGUCGGUGAUUCAGCUGGAACAGGUCCGUGGAAGCUUUAUGAACAAGAAACCGCGCCGCUCCUACCUGCGUCCUGACACAGAGCCACAGGGAAGGAUAACAGCAAAGCAACCUCAAAAGCAGCCGUUUGAAAAGCCCGUGGAGCUUUACGUCCCCAGAAUGGUGGGGGUCAUGGUCGUGUGUCUCCGAAUUACAGCAUGCUUUGGCAGCACAGAACUGGCAAAGGUUUCUCCGUCUGCAGCCUCUGGUGCUGAGGGCAAAACUCUUCACUCCCACCUGUCUGCCUUCCCUUCGCAGGGGCUUGCCUAGAGUAGGGAUCCUCACGGGUAGCCUGGAUUACAGCUGAGCCUGUCCACAGCAGACACUGGAACCAGUCCCUCCCAGCGAAGGAUCUGAAUUAACAAAAGGCUCUGUGGGCGAGUGCCUUGUGGAACCACAGCUUUAAACACCUUCACGCCCUGCAAACGCGGUUCGUGCAGCAGAAGUAGGAAGAGGCGAUGUCCCCGACAAACAGAGAACAAGAUUAACUUCAGGAAAAAGUCGUCAUUGCUCUGUCAGUGCUGACACCCUUGGAUAAACGGUGCUGGAGAAGUGGUGGAGUUGUGGCUGUUCUGGCUGCACUUGGCCCCUUUGCAAACAUCGUCUACAGUUGCUCUGCUUUUAUCUGCAUCAGAAGCAUGAACUUCGGGGUCUGCCUACCUCGUGUUUUUCUUACUGGUGAAGGC